GCCCUUUACGCGGGCACUCGCAACGGACGCCCUGCCUGGCUGGCCUCCAGCACAAGCGCUGGCUCGGCCCCAUCCACACGCCCCGCGUCUCACCUGCAACUUACGCCAGGUAAGUAACGCCCUAGGAGCCCAAGCUUCCCCAGCGCACCCCAAGCCGCACCUCCAGGCCGCGCCCGGCCCACCCCGGCUCGGGAAUCCCCGCAGAGUGCAGCCGGCCGGGCCAGAGCGCAGGGCGGAACCUGCGGGAAAGGAGCGCGGUGGCGGAAGGAGUUCGGGGCCGGACCGCCCCGCCCGAGAUCGACAGGUAACAGGAGCGAUGUAGGAGGAUUCCAGAGCUGAACAUCAGCAAGGCCAACUUUCCUAAUGGAAGAGGCUCCCCAAGGGACAUUCCAAGAUGAGCUGGAGUGGUGUAUUUUGCAGCUGGAAACAGGCCUCCUUCAUCUCAACCCAACCCCAAAACAAGCAGAGGAGACACGGCACAUCCUCAAAAUCCUGCGCUCCCACAAGGCUGCCUUUGUGAAGAAGCGGCAGGUGAUGAACCGCGUGUUUGGGGAUUACCGACUGAAGAUGGCUGAGGAGCGGAAGAGGACGGAGAAAGCAGCCAUGAAACCUGGGAAAGCGCAAAUACAGCAAGGGAAGGCGCAGGCUUCAGGGAGCAUGGUGUAUAGGAAGCGAUCUGGACAGACCUCCGAGUCAACAACAAACUGGUUCACACCAUCUGAUAAUAGCUUCCAAUUCAGCUUUGCACUUCCUGAGAUGGAUCCACAAGCAACCAAUGGAACUUUGGAAGAGGCCCAGGGGGUAGGUGGCUCUGAACAGAGGCCCAUCAGUGUAAGUUCACUCAAAUCUUCUAGUUCUGGGGGAGUGUUGAACUUUUCCACCACUGGACAAGAGCCCAAGUUUGCUUUCAAUUUUGUCAUCCCAGAUAAAGAUGGCCCCAUGAUGCCGUCUGUUGUUACAGGCCAAAGAGCGGAGAGUGUAGCAGAAAAUGUGACAUCAGAUGGCUUAGCAUCUGCAGGCCCAAUGAAGCAUUCAACCCUGUUGGAGGCUAAUAUGCCUGAGGUUGUGGGCUGUGUGGGUGGAGGAUUAGGGAGAGAGGCUCUCAUUUUUGAGACCCCAAAACCAGAGAUUGCUUCUGUAGAUGAGGUGAAGGCAGGGAAGACAGCAGCAGCUGGAGCACCCAAGAAGAAGAAGAAGAAAAAGAAACCAUCAAAUAGUAAGAAGGAGAUGGCGGAAGCUGAGGUCAGCAAGAAGGUGAAGGUGGGAGCCAGUGGGUGUGAAGACACAGAUUUGUCCCUCCAGGACAAGACCAUGCAGCAGUCAGUUAAACAGCUGUGGAAGGAAGUGGACUGGUGUGUGGAACAGCUGGAACUUGGCCUGAAGACACAAAAAUCCACUCCAAAACAGGCUGAAGAAGCUCUCCAUGCCAUCAAGACACUCCGCAGUGACAAGGCUGUGCUGGCAAAAAAGUGUCAGGUCAUGCGAGCCAUGUUUGGAGAUUACAAGAAGAAGAUGGAGGAGGAGAGACAGAAACAGCUGAAGAUCAUGCAGGCAGCUGCAAAGUCUGCUCAGGUCGUGGAGGUGAGGGAGAAUGCCCGCAGAAAGAGCAGCCAGGUCUUCAGGAAGCGUUCAGAGGCGUCCAGGAAAAGCCCAAGUUCUGCAGGAUCCCCUUUUCAUCCUCCCAGCCAUCCUGAGUCACCACAGGUGUCUGGCACAAACUUGUUCAUGUUCCCAACUUCCCAAGAGGAAUUCCGCUUUAACUUUUUUUAGGAAAGUCCCUUGAACAUUUAUUGUUUUUGUUUCAUGGCUGAAAAUGUGGCCAAAACCUGUAUAAUCUUAGGGGGUGGAAGGAUGCUGAGCAGGGAAAAAGGAUCAUGUUGUGGGAAGCAUGCAUAGGUUCAUAGUGAAAAGAGACUAAGUGCCUUAGAUCAAGUGUAUGUAACAGCUCUACCUAUAAUGCAUACAACUCCACAGACUCAGUCUGUGGGCUGGCUCCUUUCCUCAUACACACCUUUAGGAGGUGCCUUUGCAAAUGAUCAGUAUGGAAUGAGUUGGACUUUGCGUUUCUUUUAUCUUCAUGGCAAUUCCAUGGGAUAAUCUUUUUGUAAAGGGGAGAUUCCCUCCCCCCCCCCCUUUUUUAAAUAGCACAAACCAGUUAUGAUGGGAAGAAGGAGACACAUACAGGCAGUAGCACUGUUAACAAGAGGAUCCAAGUUUCUACCGGUAAAUGAAGAAGGCAUCAGGAAGAAGUACUGAUAUUUAUUUUCUGUUAGGCAUGAAUGGAUCCUGUGGCUUUCAAGUUUCACAGGUCCUGGUCAGUAUUGGUAUCCCCAUCCUUUGCAAUGUGCAAAGAUUCAGCAUCACUCAGGGAGAGAGAGAGAGAGUGUGUGUGAAUCAUAGGCUACUGGCCAUUCAGAGUGUAGUCUGAGAGGAGAAUUCUAUGAUGAAGGUCUACAGAUUAACUUAAACCAACAAAGUGGUAUAGGGACAGCACCAGCUACCACCAGACAAGAAAGGAUUUUAGUUUGAGCCGCAGUCCCUUGCUCUCUGGGCCAGUUGGUGGGAGCUCUGUGAAGGAAGCACAGUCAAUCUUGGAAAAAGAAGCUUUGCUCUUGAGCAGCCAACUAAUGAACAGUAAUGACUGACCAUACCUAGCUUUCUUUCACCAGAAGGGUGAGUCAGCUCCAUGCCAAGCCUUGGGUGGAGGUGAAAUAAAGUGGGAGAGCCCAGCAGAGGACUUACUGAAAUAAAAAUAUUUAUAUGAUCAAUAUCCAA